AAGUCUACCGUGAAAUGAAGAUGAAAUGCAGAUGAACAACUGUUCCCUUCUACUAAAAAAAUUAGCACUUUGCACCACCCACACUCGCCGCAAAUAUCGUGUCAUCAUCGACCAUCAUCGACAUCACACAUGAACUUCCGUCGCUUUCCUGCCUCUCCUGACCGUUCCUGAUGUCAUGCAAGUAAACUCAUCGGAACCAUCGGCAUCGGAACGAGGGUGAGGCAAGAUGGCGACCGUAAUACGGUCGUGUUCGUGUUGUCUGCGCUUUAAAUUUAGUCCGGAAGAACUGGAGCAACGAUACAAGAGCCAGGAAAUUGACAGAUUAAUAGAGAAGGACAAACAGUCUUUAAGAAGACAAGUGAAAUUGUUAUUACUUGGUGCCGGUGAAAGUGGAAAAUCUACGUUUCUGAAGCAAAUGAGGAUUAUUCAUGGUAUAAAAUUUGAACCAGAGCUUGUAAAAGAGUACCAACAUGUGAUCUACCAGAACAUUGUGAAAGGCAUGAAGGUAUUGGUGGAUGCUAGGGACAAACUUAACAUUCCGUGGGAAAACCCAAAUAAUUCCGAGUAUGGUCAAUACAUCCUUAAGUUUGAAAACAGUAUGAUGUUGGAUGAUAGACUUUUCUUGCAUUAUUCCCCGUCAUUACUAAGUCUAUGGAAGGAUUCUGGUAUUAGGAAAGCCUUUGAUAGAAGACGAGAAUUUCAGUUGAGUGAUUCAGUACAGUACUUUUUCAAUGAUUUGGAGAGGAUAGCAAGAACAGACUAUGUACCAUCCCAUCAAGAUAUUCUUCACGCACGAAAAGCUACAAAGGGAAUUACAGAAUUUAUUAUCCCAAUCAACAACAUCCCUUUUCACUUUGUAGAUGUUGGUGGUCAGCGUUCACAGAGACAGAAGUGGUUUCAGUGCUUUGACUGUGUCACUUCAAUUCUCUUUCUUGUUUCGUCUUCCGAGUAUGACCAAGUGCUACUGGAGGACAGACGCACAAACCGCUUGGAAGAGUCACAGAACAUAUUUGAUACAAUUGUCAAUAACCUAGUGUUUCGUGGCGUAUCCAUCAUUUUGUUUUUGAAUAAAACAGACCUGCUUGUCCAAAAAAUUCACUCAGGUGAUAUUCGUACAUAUUUUCCUCAGUUUUCUGGUGACCCACGCAACUUGUCUGAUGUUCAGGCAUUCAUCUUAGGUAUGUUCACAAGUGUAAAGCGAGAUCCAAGGAAGCCAUUAUUUCAUCAUUUUACUACAGCUGUUGAUACAGAGAAUAUCAAGGUGGUGUUCAACGCUGUUAAGGACACUAUCCUCCACAGGAACCUUGAGUCACUCAUGCUUGAGUGACAGCUUGUUCCGGGUGAGAGCUGCGGUAAUGUUAGUUCGCUAGAUUCUCCUUUAUACCGCAAUUCAACAAAUUGUUCACAUUAUUUUGUAUUUUAUCGAUUACCUGAUCAGUCAUUGGAUUGAAAGCUAUAAUACUGCAGUUAUGUGUUAAGUUGUGUCUUAUUGUUUUAAGACUUGGAUAUCUGUAUGUGUAAUAUCUUGGGUUGCAUUAUUUUAUUGUUAAUACUCCCAGAAAUUUUUCAAAGUCUCUCACUAGUAAAAAGAAACAAAACAUUUUGUCAUAAUAAACAGACCUUUCAGGUUUCAUUCUAGGAUUUUGCCUUGAGGAGACCCUGCAAAUGAUGUCACAAGACUGUAAUAGGCCACUAGCCCAAAGAUGUGGGACACCAUUGAUGAUCUGGAUUGUGUUAAAGGAUAUUUUAAACUGGAUUGUAACUUAUCUGACUGCAGUUAAAGUUAAAACAUAAACUCUGACAACAGGAAAAUUGGAUACAUUUCUUGAGCAUAUAAAAUCUGAAACUUUUCAAAUUUUUCCAGCCAAUUACACAAAUUGUUUUUAAUUUAUUGAUCAGACUAAUUCUAAAUCAGAAGUUCUAAAUGUAUACUUUUAGCUUCCUGCAAGUGGGAAAACAUAUUUACUCAGAAAUAUUAAUUACAUGAGUAGUGCAUUCUUUGAAAAUGUAUAGUCAUUGAAUUGUUAGUUCCACAUACUGUGGUACUGACCAUAUUAAUUACACCACUUUUUAAUGUACAUGGUCACUGAUACCACCAAAAACAACACUGAAUUUUAAAUACUGACAUGGGGAGACAACCUCAGGUCACCCCAAGCAAUCGGACCACAAUUGGGUUCAUAAAGAACAAAAUUGUAGCAGUUGUAGUACAGUAGUUUUUGCAGUUAUUCUUUGCAAUAAGUAGAGACAGUGUCACAUAACUUUGAACAAGGCCACGCAUUCCCUGCGUUCCCGCAACCCACCCCCUUGUCUGAAA